CUCUAGCGCUCUGCAGCUUCUAAGGAAGGCAAGGUCUGGCUUUCUUGAGAACUUCCGGACAGACGCUCUGUGGCAAUGGGCUCCAAAACCCAGAGCUGCCUAGCGACCGGUUUGCUGCACAACCAAGUGGCCGUGGUCACUGGCGGAGCCACGGGCAUUGGAAAAGCCAUCUCCCGGGAGCUGCUGCACCUGGGCUGUAAUGUGGUCAUUGCGUCCCGGAAGCUGGACAGAUUAAACGCUGCUGCAGAUGAACUGAGAAGGUCUCUGUCUCCCUCCAGCAGUGCUCAAGUCACUGUCAUACAGUGCAACAUCAGGAAAGAAGAGGAGGUGAAUAAUUUGGUCAAAUUAACCUUAGCUAAAUAUGGCAAGAUCGACUUCCUAGUAAACAAUGGAGGAGGCCAGUUCUUAUCUCCCAUUGAAGAUAUCACUGCAAAGGGAUGGCAUGCUGUGAUUGAAACCAACCUGACAGGCACUUUCUACAUGUGUAAAGCAGUUUACAAUUCCUGGAUGAAAGAGCAUGGAGGAUCUAUUGUCAAUAUCAUUGUCCUUAUUAAUAAUGGGUUUCCAACAGCCUCGCACAGUGGAGCCGCAAGAGAAGGUGUUUAUAACCUCACCAAAUCCAUGGCUUUGGCCUGGGCCAGCAGUGGAGUAAGGAUCAACUGUGUUGCUCCUGGAAGCAUUUACUCCCAGACUGCUGUUGACAACUAUGGUGACCUGGGACAAAGCAUGUUUGAAAUGGCCUUUGAGACUAUCCCAGCUAAGCGCAUUGGAGUCCCUGAGGAGGUCUCCUCUGUGGUGUGUUUCCUGUUGUCUCCGGCAGCUUCCUUUAUCACUGGACAGUUGGUCAGUGUGGACGGGGGCCAGUCUCUGUAUUCUCACUCCUUCCACGUACCAGAUCAUGACAACUGGCCUGUGGGAGUUGGGGACCUUUCUGUUGUCAGGAAGAUGAAGGAAUCUUUUAAGAAGAAAGCCAAGCUUUGAGCCAAGGAAACACCCACUCAUCUUGUCUCUGCGUGCCUUAGCGG